UACUCGACUACCAACUGAUACCAGCAAACUAGCCAAAGACACAAUCUCUGAUUGUGAAAGCUUGCUACUCUUUAAUUCUUCCAACCAUGUAUAAGUAUACGUAUCAUAUCGUGGAAACGAAUAUUCCAUACCUCAGAGAUCCACCCAUGGCCAAGGAGGGCGAGGCGUGGGAAUGGAGGAUGAGCUUCCCGGAUGGCAUGUCAAAGCUCUUCGUCUCCGAGUGCAUGCCUCAGGCCCCUGGCCUCGUCGUGGGGCUGUCGUUGAGGUGUUGGGGGUUGAUGCAGACUGGCUGGAGGUAUGGGAUGAGCGAGCCUCAGAAGGUCAUCCAUUGCUUCAAAGUCGGGAUGGCUCUCUGCCUCGUCUCCCUCUUCUACUACGUUAGCCCCUUGUAUGAAGGAGUCGGAGGGAACGCUAUGUGGGCUGUCCUCACCGUUGUUGUUGCCUUCGAGUACACCGUUGGUGCAACCAUCUGUAAAUGUUUGAACAGAACAACUGCAACUUUCUUGGCAGGAGCACUAGGUAUAGGUGUGCAUUGGGUAGCCACCCGGUUUGGGGCGACGUCGGAGCCCAUAAUCCUCCAAGCAUCUGUUUUUGUCAUAGCUUCAGCGGCAACCUUCCUCCGGUUCCUCCCAUCAGUAAAAGCACAUUUUGACCACGGAGCGCUCAUCUUCAUCUUCACGUUCAUCCUCGUCUCCAUCUCUGGCUAUCGCGUGCCAGACUUGUUUGAAUUCACGCACCACAGAGUGUCCACUGUCGCGAUUGGCACCUCCAUCUGCGUUGUCACCAGCAUCUUCUGCUGUCCCGUGUGGGCGGGAAACGAGCUUCACAGCCUCAUCCAAAGCAACAUGGAAAAACUUGCUGAUUCUUUGGAUGGAAUUGUAGCAGAAUACCUAGGGGAUGAUGCAGAUGCAGACGACGCGAAGAAGGAAGCUUCUAACGAGAAACUGGUGGGAUACAGAUGCGUUCUCGAUUCCAUGUCUACUGAAGAAUCCUUGGUUAAUUAUGCGAGAUGGGAACCUGCUCAUGGAGGCUUCAACUUCAGACAUCCUUGGAAGGAUUACCUCGAGCUCGGGGCUUUACUCAGAAGCUAUGCUCACUGCAUCGACGCCCUUUCUGGCAUUGUCUCGGACACGAAGGCGCCUGCUUUCUUGAAGCAGCAUUUCAGCACCGUGUGCGUGAAGCUGAGCUCGAAUUCCACAGCAGUCCUACGGGAGCUGGUGGCCGUUGUCCGCACAUCAGCAGAAUCACCCAAGAUCGAUCUUAGGCUCGAGGAGAUGUGCAGCGCAGUUCAAGAACUACAGGACGCCCUCAAAGCGCUGUCUAACCAGGAGACUGGAGCAACUGAAAUGAAACCACAAGAGUUCAGUGAAGGAGGCAAGGGAGAGUCGAAUGUCGUACCUUUUGUAGCAGUUGUCCAGCUAGUCACAUUGUCGUCGUUGUUGAUAGAGAUAGUGGCAAGAACAGAGAAAAUAGUAAAGGCUGUAAAUACAUUGGCUCAUAAAGCAACUAGUUCAGAGUAGCUAGAAAAGAGAGAAAUCAGUUGAUAGCAUAAAUGCAGUUUAUGUCAAUGACUACAUGAAUGUUAUCUAAGAAGUUCUCCUUCUGAGACUGCAUCUUGUGCAGUUACUCGUUCGGUAUUCUCCCAACGAGCAAUUCUGGGCAGAUCCUCCACGGCUACCUUGAUGACAUCCGUACGGACCCCAAUGUCCGUAGCGUACCUGUUCAUGCAGUACAUUCCUGCAGUCACAGUAGCCAUCACCGGGCUAGGCACUAGGAACUUCAAAGGGGACGAGAGGAGAGCUGCCAGUGGUGCUCCGAUCACAGAGGAGGCCUGCCCGCUUCUCCCAACCCCCAUCCGGUCCACAGUGAGUAGCCCCGUCUUGCAGUAGAGGGCAAAGUCCUCGCAGUUGUUCUGAAACACAUUGUAGUUCCCAAAUCCGUUCUGGAGCAGAUGCAUUGCCCGGUGGAUGACCGUGUCAGUAGGGUCGGAUGCAGCAGUCGUGCAGGUGCCUCCACGUACCUGAGCAAUAAACACAGACGGGGACACUCCAUACUCGAAGCAGUAAAGGGAGCCAUUACGGAGGAAGCAAUCUAGACAGGAGAGGACAACUCCACUAUCCGGCUGCCUGAAUCCGCAGUCAGGAAAGGUCGGGCAUUCUUCAGCUUCGUCGUAUACUUCAGAGUCCGAGCUGGAAGUGCUUCCAACACGGGUGAAGUGAACUACUUUGCUACCCCCAACAAAGAUACCUGCACAAUCACAGAUCAAAAGGUCUAAGCCACACCAUAUCUACUCGUUUCUGGGAAAAUGCAGGCAUUCCUCUGCACAAGUAAGUUAAACGUAGCAGCAUAUCGAGCACAAGAUACACGAGAAGUCGAGAACACAAUCGUGUAAAAGCUAAAGAGAAGCCAACACUGUCUUUGCAGCUACCUCAUAUAUAGAUAGAACAGAUAAAUAAGAAGACUCUUAACAUAUUCCUUAAAUAGCUUAUCAUCACACAAAUUUGCUAUAUCCUCAUCACUCCAACAAUUCGAAUUCUUCCUCGAAAUAUCUUAUCAGCAACACAAAUUUGUUUCAUUAACACAAUUUCCUCCUCAAAAAUUGCUGUAUGAAGCAGUACAACUAGCUAGUCAACUACUAAGGUUGCAUUGAGAAGCUAAAUCACACAUCGUAUAAUUUAUUUUGGCAAUUGAAAAUCAGCUCAAUUUUGCCAAUUUUGCCAUAUUUGGUCUAUUUAACACUGAGCAUCUCCAUUAUCAAUGCUUCAUCUCAGCGAAAAGUAAACCAAAAACUCGUUUAUCUGGUGCCCUUGGAUCUGGCUGGUUGAGGAUAGCUA